AUGACAACCUGCAUUGUGACAUUCGGCCAUGUGUUCUACGCUGCUGAGACGGACCACUGGUGCAGCGUAUUGCCCGAUGCUAAUUGCUCGAGCUGGCCGGAGUUCCAGGACAACUGCACCGAUGUGAAGAAGUCCAUCUUCCUGCCUCCUCCAGCGUCCAAUGACAGCAAAUAUCCUCACUCCAGCUGCGAUCAGUGGGACUUGCCGGAUGGGUACGCGUUCGAUCCGUACGUGCCACCCACUGACGUCGACAAUUUCACUGUCGUGCCAUGCGAAAGUGGGUGGAUGUAUGACACGUCGCAGUACAAGACUACAGUCAACUCAGAGUUUGAUCUGGUGUGCGAGAAAAAAAGUCUGCCCAGUCUUGCGCAGUCCAUCUACUUCGGGGGUUUCCUGGUUGGAUCGCUGGUGUGCGGCUCUCUGUCCGACUGGAUUGGUCGUAAGAAGGCGAUAUUUGUGGGUCUCAUCUUCUACGUAAUCGGUUCUCUUGUCACUACGUUUUCUGUCAACAUCUACAUGUACAUGGCUUUUCGUUUUCUCGCUGGUUUCGGCAAUAUUGGCACCUACAUUACCAUCUACGUGCUUGUCCUUGAACUUAUCGGGAAGCCUUAUCGUACAAGAACUGCCCAGACCAUCAGCAUGUGCUACAUCGCGGGGUAUUUCGUGUUGGCACCCAUAGCGAUGCACGUCCACGAAUGGCGGACCCUGUGCCUGAUCAUGGCCUCGACGACGAUUCCCUUGUUCGUCCCGCUUCUAUUCGUCGAGGAAUCCGUCAUCUGGUUGGUUUCUAAGGGUAAGAUUCAGGAAGCUGAAGCGGCCAUCAGGCGGGUGGCCAAGAUGAACGGGAAGACUUUACCCAAUGUCUUAUUUGAAAAAGACGAUUUUGAAGAAGCAAAAACGGGAUCAAACGAUUCGGCUGUUCCGCCAUCCGUAAUCGACCUGUUCAAAACUCCCAACAUGGCAGUCAAGACAAUCAACAUGAUGUAUAACUGGCUGGUCAACAGUCUGGUGUACUACGGCCUGUCGCAGAGCACUGGCGAUCUCGGCAUGAACGAAUACUGGGCUUUCUUCCUGUCCGGCGCUGUGGAGAUUCCCGGCAAGUUGUACGCCAUGUUUGGGCUGGACCUGUUCGGCAGAAAGUGGAACCUCGCAGUGCUUGAAUUGAUCGGGGGCGUGGCUUGCUUGGCUACGAUCUUUAUUCCUAUCGGUGUAUGGAGGACUGUGGUGUCAAUGAUCGGCAAAUUUUGCAUCUCCGUCACAUUCGGUACAAUUUAUCUGUACUCGUCCGAGCUGUUUCCUACACCAGUCAGAACUGCCGGAGUAGGUAUCUGCUCCGUGUCGUCUCGUAUCGGGGGCAUCAUUUCUCCCCUCAUCCUGUUGUUGGGAAGCGGUCCGUCUUCAGCAGUGUUCGGCUCCAGCGCCGUUUUGGCGGGACUUCUUGUUUUCCUCUUGCCUGAGACAAAAGGACAAAAACUACCCCAGACGCUAGAGGAAGGAGAGGAGAUAGGAAAGUGUCGUUGCAUGAAAAGUGGCGUCGACAUCGACAGUGAGUCACUGGUCGAAGUGAACGUGAUCGACAAGUACAUCAAGGACAGCGCCAUCACAUUGUCAAUUCCGGCCUUCGAUUCCAAGGAGGAGAAUCAAAGUGACUUUUCUCAGCAGUACGAUGCUGAUUCGACAUCUGUCGAUAGCUGA